GCUUAAAAUCAAAGCAGGAAGUAUUUCACAAACCAGUUUUCGGACAUACAGAGUUGAGAGUGAUGCACGUAGAUUUCAAGACACUGUUGGUGCAUUCACGUCAAAAUUACACCAAAUGAAGAUGAAAUGAAAAAUAUCUAGUGGCAGACGUUAACCGCUAUUGACGACGCUACUUGUGCAUUCUACACAGCAGAGAAUAUAACAAAAUGGAUAUGGGGACAUUGCGUAUGCUGUUCUUAUUAUGCAUUUUGCAAAGUUUCGCGACAAAUAUGGUGGACAUUGUUUUCCUUGUGGAUAUAUCUGGCAGCAUGGGAAAAAAUGGCUCAAAGACAGUUAUAAAGUUCAUGAUGAAGAUGGUGAACACCUCCUUCAAUAAUAUCAGUCAAGACGGCGUCAGGGUGGGCAUUAUUCUUUUUUCAGACAGUGAAAAAGAUGAGCUUUUUUUAGAAAGUGGCAUAAGUAAAGGAAAUGUGCUGCACUUCACGAAGAACUUCCAUACACACUGUUGCGGCACAGAGACAAAUACCCAUUUAGGGUUCAAAAGGGUGAGAGAAUAUUUCAACCAUUCUCACCCGCACGGGGGGAGAGAGUGUGUUCCAAAAAUCGCUGUCGUCAUAAUGGCGGGAGUUUCGGCAAACCCGUCUGAAACAAGAAAGGAAGUAAUUAAAACAAGAGACCAAAGCAUCGAAAUUUUCGUUCUUGGAAUCGGCAACUCCACUAAUAAGACCGAGCUGGAGUUUAUGGCAAGCGAUCCAGACGACAGCCAUUUGUACACGGUGGACAGUUUCCAGAAACUUAAAAACAUUGAUUCGAGGUCAAUUGGUGAACACAUAAUAGAAACAGGUGUCAAUGCACCUCCUCUGUGUCCUAAGAGAUCGUCUUCAAUUUCUCCCAUAUCAGCCAGUGCCUCUUCAGUUCCAGAAUCUACAGAAGGUACCAAUAGAGAAGGUACCAGUACAAAAGGUACCAAUACAGAUAGAAGAAGUGCAGAGGGUGCCAAUACAAAAACUUCCAGUGCAGAAGGUCAUACUGGAGUUAUUUUUGGUGGUGUCCUUGGUGCGUGUGGUUGCGUUGGUUUGUUGGUUACAGGGGUGCUGGUUGCUAUCCGGGUGUACAACUCAAAGAAAAAACGAAUCACGCCAUAUGGUCAAACUGAACCUGAAGUUUCACAAUAAAGACUUUCCGCAUUGGUACAUUUUAGUCACAGUUGAAGGGAUUUAUACCUUUUUUAAUAUAAAUGUAAAUGCAUUCUUAACCUUCGCUGUCUGUACAUAGAACUGACCGGUGAUAUUCUGUACCCAGGUUCUAUAUUUAAAUUGCUUGUCACUGAGUUAAAGGAGAUUGAAUAUAAAAACAGGAGUCUAAUUUUUUUCUCAGUCUCUCCAAAUUGGUUUGAUGAAAUAAUUAAAUUAAUCUCUGGGCGCGUUUUAACUAGGCUGUGAUAUAUGUUGUACUGUCUUGUUUCUCCACUCUUUCAUAAAUUUCCUGCGUGACUUUGAAAAUUUGUACAUAAUUAGUGGUUCCUAUGGUGUGAUGUUAUUUUUCGAAAAUUUGUGUAAUUAUUAGCUACUUUCUAGUUUUC